AUGGACUGCGAUAGUUUGAGCAUCGAAAUCGACCCGAAAACGAAGAAGAAAAUCAUCAACAAAAAGUACCGCAUCAUCAGGAAGAUAGGCCAGGGGCAAUACGGCAAGGUUCUACUAGGGGAAGUGAUAGACAAGAAUGACACGAGCGGCGGCCACAAUAGCGGCAGCUCGCUAGCGAAGCCGGCAAACGCGCUGCUGGCUCCACAGUUUGUUGCAAUCAAGACCAUCAACAGGAUCGACAAGGCCAAACUCAUUGCCAAGUCGUAUAUAAGCAACGUCACCAAGAUUAGAAAGGAAAUCAGCAUCUUGAAGCAAUGCAAGCACCCCAAUGUCGUCAAAUUGCACACUGUCAUUGACGACUUGAAGUUUGACAAGAUCUUGCUCGUUUUGGAGUACUGCAAAUACGGCGAGGUCGACUGGAAGCACUAUAAUCAUUACUACGAGAAAUACUCCAAACGUGAGCAUCGACCGCCGUUGACUUUGAACAAGAUCUUGCGCGAUAUCGUCAAUGGGCUCGAAUAUCUCCAUUCGUACAAAAACAUCAUCCAUCGAGACUUGAAGCCGCUGAACUUGCUCAUUGACGAAAACAACAUCAUCAAGAUUUCUGAUUUUGGCGUGAGUCUCAUUUUGGAAAACAAUUUAAACGACUCCAAGGAGUUGGCCAAGACUAUGGGGACGCCCGCGUUCUACGCGCCCGAGUUGUGCCAAUUUGUCAAGAAUCGAAUGUCCAUGAUCACCAACAAGGACCACGCCAUGAACAAGAUCAAGAUUGACUACAGGAUCGAUAUCUGGAGUCUAGGGGUCACGAUGUACUGUCUCAUGUUCAACAGCUUGCCUUUUACCGGGGUAAAUGAAUUUGACAUUUCCAAGAACAUUGUGGAUAUGGAGCUACGCUUUCCCAAGAUUAAACACACGUCGCGAGUCACCGAGGGGGACAUUGAAGAGUUGGCCCAAUUUAAGACCUUGGUCAAGUUGUUGUUGAAGAAAGACCCCAACGAGCGAAUCAGUUUGGCUGAGGUUAAGCAGCACUCUUUCACGACGUUUGACUUGAGUCCCAUGGAAAAGGAAAAGUUUUUCAAUUUUAACACGGCCAUUUUUAAUGAUGCCGACCGCAAGGAGUCUCAAAAGGUUGCCGAUAGUGACAUGCCCUUGUCCUUACGAAUCAAAAAGUUUUUCUUGCGAGAGUCGACCUCCAAUACAAAUGAGAAACCGCAGUUGCCCAAGAGGCUACCUCUGAUGAAUAACGACGUGCACCUCGUGGUUGCCAAGGAUUACCAUGACUUGGAACAUGUGGACGAUUUACUCGAUUCUUAUUUGGACGACUCGUCAUCAAUGGGAAGUCUCGAAGACGAAGACGAGGAAGAACCAGUGGUGGCUGAAGCUCAAGUUGAUCCGAUUGACACAACAGACAUUCUUUCCGCGUUAGACAAAACUGCAGCUAAACAAAAGCAAAAACAACAACCGCCGAAAAAACACAUACCUCAACCGCUAGACUUGAGAAUGACAAAGACAUCCACCGCCCAUACAAGCGACUUGGACUCGCCCAACCGGAAUGGUAAUACAUUUUCAAGCACGAAUUCUCGCAAAAACACCGUGACUCUGAGCCGCAGUGAUCACUCAUUGACUCCCGUUAGUGGGUCCCGUUCAGAACCAAUGAUCUUUGACCCCACCAGGGGCAGACAUCCCUCUGGUGACUUGCUCCCUCCCAAUAUUGUGACUCCAAGUCAGAGCAACGUGUCGUUGACACCAGUCAAUGACUCGUUUGCAGUUAUUGGAGAAAGCUCGCCGUUCAACAGCUAUAGCAACCAGGAGAUGGUCUUUAGUCCCAGUGCUCGUUACUUUGAGUCUCAGCAGCAGAAUAGGAAAAAACAUGCAAAGCAGAGCCAAAUCCAACAACCUACAAUCAAGUCGCUUUCUACACCUGAUAUCGACGCAGCGAACGACGAUGGUAUUUUGGCACCACCGUCGAUAUUCACUUCCGGUUCAAAGGACAAACUGCAACUGCAAUUGCAUAUGCAAUUGCAAUCUCAUCAAUCAAAUGCCGGCGCAGUUCCCUCGGAGAGAAAGAAUAGCUUUGGCUAUGGCCUUUCACGAAUCCCCAGUUCUUCAAGUUCGCUCAACUUGAAUGCGUAUUUGACUGAUGAAUCCGACAGUAUUAGUCUCUACUCGAGUCACUCGAUUAGCAGGUAUAAUAUCAAGAGGUCGACCGAUAACAGUAGCAGUAGUAUGAAACUGCCGGUUGAUGCUGAAAAGGGAGGUAGGACAGAGGAAGACGAUGGUGGUGAAAUGGAAGGUGACUCGACGGUGGUUUUGGCUGAGACUUCCCUCGGCGAAAAGUACAAGGAUUUGAGCUCGUAUUUAGAUGGUCUUGAUUAG